AAAGUUAUAAAGACACGGAGACACGGAGCAAGCACUGGUUGUUUCGUCUGUUGUGCAUACUAUCAGUCACUCCCCGACGCAUCAGUCUACAUGUGUGAUCUCAGAUCUCUGAUCUAACUGGCAUUCUAUCACAACGUCGCUUGACAUCGCCUGACCUCAGCUGAAAUCAUCUUUCCAGGAAAAGAAUAACAUGCCAGCCGACAAAGCUCCCGACACCCCAGUGGAAAUCCUUGUUGAUCUUCUCACAAAAGCUAAUGAGAUAGCUGCAAAAAGUGAUAAUGUGCCAAAAGAGUUGACACACUACUUGCAGAAGGCCUUGGACAUAGCUGGUGGCCUGGAUGUCUACCUGGACGAGAUGUCCACACAGGAGAGUGAACCUCUUGCAGAGCUCUAUAAGAAAACAAUUUGCCACGACUGGGACCAGGUGCACAAGGAAGGCAAAACCAUGUUCAAGCUUCCAAAGGAGUGCAUCACUGGAUGUGUUGAAGGCCAGACCCUGAAAAUGCUGGUUCACAUUACUCAUGCAAAGAGGGUUCUGGAGGUUGGAAUGUUUACAGGCUAUGGUGCACUCUCGAUGGCUGAAGGGCUUCCUGAAGAUGGUCGCUUAGUUGCCUGUGAGUUGGAGCCAUACCUCAAAGACUUUGCCCAGCCGAUUUUUGACAAGUCUCCACAUGGAAAAAAAAUUGAAGUCCAUACUGGAUCUGCCAUGGACACCCUAAAGGAAUUGGCUGCUGCAGGUGAGCAGUUUGACAUGGUCUUCAUCGAUGCUGACAAGGAUAACUACAUCAACUAUUAUAACUUCAUUCUGGACAACAACCUGCUCAGAUUCCAAGGGUUCAUAUGUGUAGAUAACUCACUGUUCAAAGCCAAGGUUUAUCUCAAAGACACCACAGAUAGUAAUGGACUGGCUCUCAGAGAGUUUAACCAGUUUGUCUCCAACGAUCCCCGCGUGGAACAGGUCAUAAUCCCUCUUAGAGAUGGGAUCAGUGUAAUCCGUCGAUCAUCUGCAGCUUUUGAGGGCUCAUUGACUGAGAGUGAAAUAAAUGAUGAUGAAGUUUUCCGUGGGGUCAAGGGACGCCCAAUCCUUGAUCGCAUGCGCCUUGAUGGGAAGGUGGCCUAUGUGACGGGUGCUGGGCAAGGCAUAGGCCGAGCUUUUGCUCAUGCCCUGGGUGAGGCUGGGGCAAAGGUGGCCAUUGUGGACCUUGACGAAGAAAAAGCUGAUGCAGUGACUAAAGAGCUCUUUCUUAAAGGUAUUCAUGCCAUUUCCAUCCUAGCUGACAUAAGCAAACCAGCUGAUGUCCAGAGAAUGAUACAGGAAAUUGUCUCCAAAUGGGGGACAGUUCACAUUGCCUGUAACAAUGCGGGUAUUAACUUGAACUCAGCAAGUGAGGACACCAGUCUAGAGGAGUGGGACCACACCUUUAGUGUUAACCUGACGGGGACUUUCCUGUGCUGUCAGGCGGCCGGUCGAGUGAUGUUGAAGCAAGGUUAUGGUAAGAUUAUCAACACAGGCUCCAUGGCCAGUCUAAUAGUUCCACAUCCCCAGAAACAGCUCUCCUACAACACCUCAAAGGCUGGCGUGGUCAAAAUGACACAGACUCUGGGCACUGAAUGGAUUGAAAGAGGAGUGUGUGUCAACUGCAUCUCACCGGGGAUUGUUGACACCCCUCUCAUCCAUUCAGAGAGUUUGAGGCCUCUUGUGCAGCGCUGGCUGUCAGACAUCCCUGCUGGUAGACUGGCUCAAGUGACAGACCUGCAAGCUGCAGUGGUCUUCUUGGCAUCUGAUGCCUCUGACUACAUGACAGGGCAUAACUUAGUCAUAGAGGGUGGGCAAAGUCUGUGGUAGAGGGGGUUGAUGAAGAGAUGAAAACUUGUCCCCUCUGUCUUCUGGCAGAAGUUUCUGAAAAAUGUAUUUUAUUUAGUAUACUCCCUUUUUUCCAUUCAAGCUUGCUGGAAUAUGAUUGGCUCAGGUAACAUCUAAUUUAUUGUCUGAUGACAUAAAUAAGCUGUUGUCCUCUGUUUCCUGUGAAUGUUCAGUUUGUUGUAGUAUGUGAACCAAUGAUAUUACUUUUAGCAAAUUGACAUUUUUCUUGUGUUGAAAUCUAAACGGAGGUCCUCUUAUCAAACUGUGGAAAUUAGCUGUGUCUAAAUAAACUUCUUUGGUCCAAGAGACAAAAUGUCA